AUACAAAGUCCCUCGCAAUGGGUCUUCUUUCUCGUGAAUCACUAGUAUGGGGAUUCGGCCUGACCUUGCUCUACGCGGCCGUCGGCGUCAUAGGUCACGGGCGGCUGAUGUACCCUCCGAGUCGGUCGUCAGCUUGGAGACUCGGCUUCGACACCCCGGAGAACUUCAACGAUAAUGAGCUCUUUUGCGGGGGCUUCGGGAUCCAGUACGGACAGAACGAUGGUAAGUGCGGAGUCUGCGGCGACAACUGGGCCGACCCUCAACCCCGAGACAACGAGGCCGGAGGAUUGUACGGGACGGGGCUCAUCACGGCUAAUUUCACCAAGGGACAGGAAGUGGACGUCGAGAUCGAACUCACGACGACCCACCAAGGCUACUUCGAGUUGCGCCUCUGCGUCAACAACGACCCGACGCAGAUCAUCACCGACGCCUGCCUGGACGAGCACCUCCUCGAACUGGCCGACGGAUCAGGCACCAAGUAUCCUAUUGCAACGGAGAAUGACUGGAUUUACGUGACGGCGAGGGUGAAGCUCCCUCAGGACGUCGCAUGCACUCAGUGUGUGCUUCAGUGGCACUACAGGGGAGGGAACAACUGGGGCGAGUGCGGCGACGGCACGGAGGGCAUGGGCUGCGGCGACCAAGAGAUCUUCCGGGCAUGCGCAGACAUCGGCAUUUAUUAGUACAAUGCCGCUUUUUACCUGACUCUGUUAUUAUGAAAUCAUACCAACUUUUUUUUUUUUGUAAUUAGUUAAUGGAUAUAUAUGAUAUUCAGUACGCUUGAUUGAUAAAAGAGAAUACAGUUUAAGAAAUCUUG